AAAUUAGUUCAAUUUUGUGUCAGUUGUUGAGUGGUUCAGUGGAUUUCAAAUUUAAACAAUAACAAAAAUGAAAUCAUUACUUCUUUUAAUUCCACUUUUCCUAAUUAAUUCAAUGAAUGGAUGUAUACAUGAUGGCAAUAAUUACAAAGAUGGCGAAACAUGGGUCGAAAAAGACGCAUUUGUCAUGCGAUGUCGCAUGAAUGAUGAUGGGACAUCAUGGAUGGUUGAAAUAACAGGCUGUAAGAUACCAUCAGGUAUAACAAUACCAAUCAAUUCAAGUAUGAUUGAUGGAAAUUAUGAAUGGAAAUGUACGAAAAAUAAUGAUGGACAAAUUGUUAUGCAAAAAACUUUACAUGCUAAUGCAACAUGUGGUGAACAUCAACGUGGUGACCAAUGGCGUGAGAAAUCAUUUUUGUACGAAUGUGGAACAGGUGGACAACAAAAAUUGAUAGCAUGCUUUGCUGAGGAUAACGAACAAAUAAAUGUUGGUGAAUCGAAAGAAAUUAAUGGAUAUAUUAUAAAGUAUGGUAAUU